CACUGAUACUCUUGAGGUGUACCAGAAAGAACAAGUCUCUUCGAAGAUCAUUCACUCGCAAAGCCUUGAGCUAGCCGUAUUCGGGGUUACAGAAAGCUACGAUUGCGGCUUUGACGCUCGUACAACAUUGGCCUGGGAAGUUGUUCAGCACGUAAGCCAGCAAUAGUCGUACGGGAAUCGUGCUAUUAGUAGCACACCAAGUUCCAAGGACUCGUUUCGAUUUGUGGGCUACGUGUUCACGACUGUGAGCAUUAGCAGACAUAGCCACCGUCACCAUCUCCCUCGGCUUGCCCCGCGAUCAUCCAGGGCAACAAUGCCAAUGCCAUCUCUUUUGAACAAACUCCUCCACCCUGCCGCAGCCUCAGGCAGGAAGCAAAACCCCUACACCGAUCCGCAUUCCCCCAACCAUCCCAGCACUUCUCAGCCGGCCCCACCUUCAACAACCGCAGGGCAAGUAUUCUCAACGGCACAACCGCAGGCAUGGCGAACUCAAGCGCCACGUCCCAUGUCGCCGCGGGACCCACAUGAUUACCUCGCCGAAGCCAGAAUCGCCUCUGGCAAAGAUCCAGUCACCGGCCACGCAUCCCCUCAGAAUGGCGGGCAGACCAGCGCUGGAGGAAAUCCAGAGCGAAGAGCGAAAAGCGUGUAUCAAGAAACUAGCGAGGGUCGAUCCAAAACGCCUGGAACCAAGUACGACUUGUAUGUGAAGGAGAUGAAAGCGAGGAAGGCGGGACGAUGGAGAGCGCCCGAUGGGGGCUUCUAUGCACCCGAGAGGCGGUUGGGAGAGUUUUAUCAGCCGGAGAGAAGGGGUGGGCAAGGCUGA